CCGAUAGCUCAUUCUUCUCCGCCACCCCUCAACUCACAGCCCGACACACUAUACCUGCUUGGCCCAGCUGCAUGACGCUUAUUUAGCCAUGCGGAUCCCAUGUCUUAGUAAGUAUGGGCAAGUUGGCCCUAUAUAGCCAGGUGCCCUUCAGUUGAGAAUAUUUGGACUUCUCUCGAGUCUUUGGAGAGAGAAGGGCCUGUGUCUUGUGUUGCCAGGAGUCACCUAUCAAUUCACCACCCAUCCACAGAACAACAUUCUCAAAAUGGGCUUCUUCAAGAACUAUCGUAUCUACAUCCUCACAGCGGUGGCCUAUUCAGGCUCGCUUCUAUUCGGCUUUGACACUGGUGUGAUGGGUAGUGUCCUUGCCCUUGACAGUUUCAAGAACGAUUUCGGCCUUCCUACCGAUUCGACCGGCUUCGCAUCCGCCAAGAAUUCACAAGUAUCCUCCAAUGUCGUGUCAUUGCUGACUGCGGGUUGCUUUUUCGGCGCUAUUGCUGCUGCCCCUCUCAAUGAGCGUCUUGGGCGUCGUUACUCCCUCAUGAUUUUCACCGUCAUCUUCCUUAUCGGUGCAGCCAUCCAGGUCGCCUCUAGCCAUGCAAUUGGGCAGAUCUAUGGUGGUCGUGUCAUUGCUGGCUUGGGCAUCGGAGGAAUGUCCAGUAUCACACCCGUUUUUGUGAGCGAGAACUGUCCCGCGAGGAUCCGUGGUCGGAUCUCGGGACUGUUCCAAGAAUUUCUAGUCAUCGGAAGCACAUUUGCCUACUGGCUCGAUUAUGGUGUUUCUUUGCACAUCAAGCCCAGCACCAAGCAGUGGCGUGUUCCCGUGGCAAUCCAGCUUAUUCCAGGUGGUCUCAUGUUGAUUGGGCUCUUCUUCCUGAAGGAAUCGCCGCGCUGGUUGAGCAGCAAGGGCCGGUAUGAGGAGGCCUUGGACUCUCUAGCCUAUAUUCGCCAUGAGGCGCCUGACAGUGACGCGGUGCAGCAAGAAAUGGCCGAGAUCAGAGCAGCUGUCGCAGAGGAAGCCGCUGCUACCGAAGGAUUGACUUACAAAGAGUUUAUCCAGCCCAGCAACCUCAAGCGCUUUGCUUUUGCCUUCUGCCUUAUGUUCUGGCAACAGUGGUCAGGAACGAACAGCAUCGGUUACUACAGUUCAGAGAUCUUUCAAACUAUUGGACUUAGUGCUACUAGUUCCUCUCUGUUUGCUACCGGUAUCUACGGGACAGUUAAAGUCGUUGCCACUGCAAUCUUCCUGUACGUUGGUAUUGAUAGAUGGGGUCGCAAGCCCAGUUUGAUUGGUGGCGCUUUCUGGAUGGCAAGUAUGAUGUUCAUCUUGGGUGCUAUCCUGGCCGCUUAUCCUCCCGAUACCAACGCCAGUGGUGUCUCGAAGCCCUCGAUCGCCAUGGUUGUCAUGAUCUAUCUUUAUGUCAUCGGCUAUUCUUUCUCACUGGGUCCGACCUGUUGGGUUGUGGUUAGUGAGAUCUUCCCUACACGACUUCGUGCAUACGGUGUGGGCCUGGCAGCAACCUCUCAGUGGCUGUGGAGCUUUGUAGUGACGGAGGUCACCCCCAAAGCCGUCCACAGCCUUGGCUGGAGGACUUUUUUGAUGUUUGGUAUUUUCUGUGUUGCGGCAGGCAUCUUUGUCAUUAUCUUCGCCAAGGAGACUAAGGGCCGUAGUCUGGAAGACAUGGACAUCCUCUUUGGCGCGGUCGACGAGGCUGAGCGACGAGAGACGGUGGAGCACACGAUGCACAAGCAAGGCGCCACUCAUAUUGAAGACAUGAGCGCGGAGACUGUUCGUGUCCGCAACAGCCAAGACAGGGUCUAGCUGGCUAGGUUCUGUGGCUUGGCUCUUUCCCCUGUAUAUGAUUAUGACUUACUUACGCGGGCUGGAUCCUUAUCGAUAUUGAAGGCUAGAAGCUAGAGGCUAGAGAUACUUAGAUUAUUGGGCUGGCUACAUGAUCAUGGCUGGCAGCUUGAUAGAGAUAUCUACAGUUACG